UCCCUGUAAUCCUCUGCACGUGAGUAAUCGCGCGCUCGUCACGUGACUGUCGUUUGCAGUCAUGGCCGACGACUACAGACGAAGCGUCGAGCUGGAGAGGAGGAUUUUUGAGUUAGAUAACAAAUGUGCCAGUCUUCGGACGGAGAAACCAGAUGAUGACUACUUACAGAAUGCAUCUUCCAUACUAGACAAGUUGAAAACUUAUUAUAGACAUGGAGGAGAGAGCAGCAGCCUCCCUAAACUGCUGCAGGAUUAUACACAGGUUGUCUUGGACAUUACAUUCUAUGAGGAAAACAAGCUUGUAGAUCAGGAGUUUCCUGAGGACACUUCUCCUUUUAAAAUCCAGCAGUUACUACAGGACUUGACAGAGCCAGAGGUGUUAGCAGGGCGACUGGUACCUGCACAAGAGGUGCAGUCUGUGCUGGGGCUGGAGCUGCUGGAGUGCCUAUACUGGAGGCGUGGGGCGUUAUUAUAUAUGUACUGCCACACACUACACCAGCGCAAGCAAUGGAUCAAGAAGAACAAAGCCACAUUCCUAAAGUGUCUUCAAGAAGGUGUGCGUUACCUUAUGAGAAUGUUGCAAGUGAGGAACUCAGUCAAGCUGAACGAUGGUGUGGUUUUUCAUGACUCUGCAACCGCCAAUUUUCUGGCAGAAGGUAUCUUUUCUGAUACUCACUUGCUUACAAUGAUGUACAUUGGUGAGAUGUGUUUCUGGGCAGUGAAAUAUGAGGACUGCAGCAUGGACACCACAGAGCGCAAAGAGGACAGGCUUCAUUUCCGAGAUAUUGGCACACAAAUCCUCCAUAAGUAUGUGCUGGCAUGCGAGGGGCCACUUCAGGGUCAGGGCUGGAACACAGAGAAUGCCAAGGAGAUCCUUAGUAUUUUACAGUAAACCUGGAGAGAGCUUUUAGGAGAGGAGAUUCACAAAAUGUCAUUGUUCUGAAGCUAGCAAAAAAAAAAAAGUAAACACACACACAAACAAACAAAAAAACAAAA